AUGGACGCAGACUUAGAAAAGACGCUUAAUCUCGCACACAAAGAAGAGGCCAUCUUCAAUGUCUUGAGGAGCACACUUCAAUAUCCCGCCAGUUCAGAGGCAAGAUCUCAGAAGCUUGUUAAUGACAUUAUCUUCUUCUGUACAUCAACAGCUGAGCCUCCAUUUUGGGAGAUAUGGCCCGCCGUCCUCGCCCUCGGUUCGUGCAUUCAACCAGGUCACGAGUGGCAGGCUACCCUGAUCCAGUCCUUACGUCUUUUACGUCAAUUGGAUGAUUCUAUUGCCCAGGGAACUACGGGCUCAUUGAAGGAUCUUCCUGACUUAACCUUAACUCUUACGGAGCAUUGGCAAGGACAUGAAAACCCUAUUUUCUUGGAUCCUGACCACCCUCCCUUGACUGAUGUACUCGAGAGAUGGAAGAAUCUAAACUCAUUUCUUGCAAGGCUGCCCGGUGACGAUUAUCUCUUUUUCCUUCGCUUGGGAUUGGGACAAGUGGGGGGUGCUCUAGAAGUAGUCCCUCCAGAGUCAGAUUCCCAAUUGCCUUUGGCGGAGUGCAAGAUCUGGACAGGGACUGAGUGGAUCAUUCACUGCGGCCGUCGGAUUUUCAAGGCCGUCGCCUCCAAAGACAGCCCAGAAAACACCAUUCCAGAUCCUGGCCCGUUGCUUGGUGACAUUCCCAAGCAAAGCAUUGAGAGAUGGGAGUUUUGGAAGAAGCGCUUGACACAGAUUGCUGCGGAUUAUCCCACCACUGCAAAUCGGAUUCAGCAAGCCUUGGAUGCGAUGAAGGAAGCCGAGCUGGAGAAGAAAGAAGCCGAGCUAGAGAAGAGGGAAGCCGAACUGGGAAAGAAGGAAGCUCAGCAGGGGAAUAAGGAAAUAUAG